GAAGAGGCAGGCAACGCCGCGUCCUGCGCUUCGCCUACCUAAAUGUUGUCACCCCAAACCUCCUAACCCGACCAAGCCGGGACGUCAUCCUAAGCUAGUAUACCAUCCAGGACGUCGAGUCCAUACACGAAUACCAUUGCGCAACACGCUGAGCCUCUUCGCCCGCAUCGCUACUCCUCCCGACACCUACCUAUCGCCUCGAAGUUGCAUGUGUGUGUACGUGUGUGCGUGUGCAUAUGUGCCUAUAUGAUCACCCUAUAGCGCGCGACGACGCCGGAAACUCGAACUCCGCCUCUCCCAAGCAAUAGCCCUAAAUCCGACCUCUCUCCCUCCCUUCCCAUCCGCGCGCAGACCGCUGCCCUGACGACGUGACGACUACCGACGAAUAAUACCAGACGACGACCACGAGGACCGUGACGACAGCAGCAGCCGGUACCCGUUUCGCCACCGCCCUCCCCCUCGAGCCCCCCCCCCCGGCGGAUCCGAUGGCUAGGCGAAGAAGACCGCCGCGGGCAGGCGCCGUCAACGAGCUCCCCCCUCUGCGCAUCCUCGGCCAGAUCGCCGCGCUCCAAGGCAUAUACUACGCCGCUGCGUUGGUCCUCAUGCUGUUCACGUCCCUAGUCGCCGGCGCGCGAUUCAGCCUCGACCUCGUCUUCGGGUGGGGGGAGUUGCGCGGCGACACGACGCAGGGGUGGCUGCUGGGUUUUGUCUGGCUGUGUUGUGCCGGUGUCGCGGUCAUAGGAAUGGUAGUCCUGAUCGGCCGGUCGAAGCUGGUCCUCGACUUCGCGCUCACGCUGCACUUCCUCCACCUCGUAGUCGUGUCCUUCUACACCGGCCUGCUGCCGCGAAACUUCGCCUGGUGGGUCACCAUGGCCCUGUCGAGCGCCGGUACCGUCGUCGCCGGCACCUACGGCUGCCAGUGGCGCGAGCUGCGACCGAUCAGCUUCGGCGGCCACGCGCCGGGCGCCGGCACCGCGGGAGGGAGCGGCGCCGAGGCCGCGGCGGGGAACGGAGGCGCCGGGGGAGGAGAGCAGGGCGAUGAGGAGAUGGGCUUCUCGCGCGGCCGUGGCCGCGGGCGAGGCCGGGACGGCGCAGGCGAGUACGAGAUGGUCGGCAUGAGGGGCGACGGGAACCGGUAAAUCAUGGUGUCCGUCUACAGUCUUCGUCAUACCGCCGCAGGACCAUACUGGCCGCGACUAGCGAGAUCCCCCACGGUUGUUGCAUAUUACAUGGCGUUCUUGUUUAAAAGACAGAUAUCCCACGUUGAACGCUGCUCGGUGCUUCUAGUGCUCGCCACCACUACUGCUAUGCUUGGUCGGGUUUCCGACAGGCACGAAGGUAUGGCAUGCGAUGUACUGGCAAUUUGUAUUGAGGGGCGCUUGGGCGUAGAUGCCAUUGAUAUAGGCCCUCCUGCCGGGCCUGCUCCGCUUGCGCGUGUAAGGAUUCAUGUCUGCGAUUCUAUCUCGAGGCGGCACUCGGGGUGUGCGUGACUACGAGUGGGAGGAAUACCCACGGGGGUAGAUGUGUCUCUAUAUACGGCUUGGGCGAAGUUGUACUCAUGCCAGCGGGCCAGCAGCCAUGCCGGCUUUACGACAUUAAUAUCACAAGGUAGCCUGUACGUACCCGUCAACGUAGGUUCCAUACCUUUAAGAGGUAGGUUAGGUAGGAGGUAGGUAUAUUAAUAUCU